AUGACAAAGAUAGAAUUGAUAAUCGCACGACAUGGCGAAACAUCAGCCAACGCCCGCGGGGUCCUGCAAGGCAGCCGGCUCAACUUCCCGCUCAACGACUUGGGCCGCAAGCAAGCCAACGCCCUAGCCGAGGGCAUGAAGAGCACGAAAAUCGACUGGAUAAUAUCCUGGGGUAUUCUUGACGGUGUUGACUUUAAAACCGCCAACCCGACGCUCAAGCCCAUCGUCCAGCGGUGGAUUUCGGGAGACUUUGAUGCCAAAAUACCCGAGGGCGACUCCGCCAACGAGUGCAAGGAGCGAAUCCUCCAUGCAUUCGCGGACAUCCUCAGGGAGGCCAAGGCGAAGCAGUAUGAGCGCGUGUUGGUAUGCAUUCAUGGCCGCAUUAUGCGCGUCAUCAUGUCUGCAUUGGUGGAUAGGGAUUUGCGUACUAUGGAAAGGUUUACGCACACGAAUUGCUGCUACCAUCAGAUUAAAGUCAACAUUGGAGAUGGUGGUGAUUCAGCGGCGCCUAAUCCUAGAGAGCUGGUGUUCGAGACCGUGCGCAUUGACGUUCGCGACCAUCUGGCCAACUUGCCGGUCCAGAACCGCGAACAGAGGCAGGUUGCCGAGGGUGUUGGAAAUCUUUAG